GAAGAUAUACCAGUAUAGCACCCAUAGCAUGAGUGCUCUUAUGGUCCUGCCAAAUUGCCAGAAAGUCCUGCAGAGCAAGAAUGUUUCUCAGCUCCUGAACUACUGGGAUCAUUCAAUUUUCUUAGAGUGCUGAAAACCUGUGUUAAUCAUGGAGCCAUAUUUUGCUGGUUUCAAGCAUGUGCAACGGGACUAUGGAGUUCAUCUCAAGAUUGCAAAUGAUGAGAGACACACAGCUAGAAAUACACAAAACUCCAAGCCUGGAUCUUAUGGUGUCAGUAUUAGGGUCCAGGGAAUUGAUGGGCAUCCCUACAUAGUACUAAACAAUACAGAGGGCUGUUUGUCAGAAAAUCCAUUGUUAUCUGAAAAUGGGCCACAAUUGACAUCUCAGACAAUUAACAAAUCAGCUCCUAAAUUGGGGGAGAAAAGUAGUGAAGAAAUAAAGUUUCCUGGAACACAGUCCACAGAGCCCUCUAUGUAUAAAAACCUAAAGCAAACCAAUAUGAAUGAAGGAGAGACUAGAGUCUCAGAUUCUAAAGUUGGACCAUUAAAACCAUCUAAUCUGUUGAACUUUCAAAGGCAUCCUGAGCUUUUACAGCCUUAUGAUCCUGAAAAAAAUAACUUGAAGUUGGAUAGCUACCAAUCUUCUGUGUGCAAUAAGCCUAAAUCUCUUACAGAUGAAGGCAAGAUUGAAACAAAGGCUUGGACUUCUUCAUCUAAAGUAGUGACCCUACAGAAAAAGCCACAGCUUCUGGAGUCAGCUAAAUCAAAUGUGAAAACAAUUCAUUUGAACAGGUCCAUAGCAAUGGAAGACCAAAAUAAGCAUGUGUCCGAGUGCCACAGUGUUACUAGCAGCCCAAAUGAAGGGCAUGUAUUGGAGUCACUUUCAUGUAGUGAUGAAUCCCCAUAUGUUAGCCCAACAGGCCAUCCAGAAAUAAGGAAAACUAGACCAGAUGUUCUUCCUUUUGGCAGACAAGAUUCAGCUGGACCAGUAUUUGAUGGGUCACGAAGAUCAUCAUCUUCAUCAACCACUCCAACUUCUGCAAAUUCCUUGUAUAAGUUUUUACUGGAUGACCAAGAGUAUGCUAUUUAUGCUGACAAUGUUAAUCGACAUGAAAACAGAAGGUAUAUCCCAUUUUUGCCUGGAACAGGCCGUGAUAUUGACACUGGGUCUAUUCCUGCAGUUGAUCAACUAAUUGAAAAGUUUGAUAGGAAAAUUGGGCCACAGAGAAGAGGUAGAUCAGGAAAAAGGAAUAGAAUUCACCCGGAUGAUCGUAAAAGAUCAAGAAGUGUUGACAGUGUACUAUCUUUUGGCCUAGAGGAGAAUUCAGAUUACUUAGAAGAGUUGAGCAACAAUUUGGGUAAAUCAUCAGAGUACUUGCUAAGGCCCUCAAAAAUUUGCUUUCAGAAACAAUUAUCUCUUGAACAAAAGUUACCUUCCACAGAUACACAAGUUACUGCUCGAACUAUUGGUAAAUUGCUAUCAACGGCUCCAGUUGUUCAAAACAGCCAUUACAAAUCAUUGCAACAUCAUAAAGAAAAUAAAGUUAAUGGAGAGAGUUUGAUGUGUAGAUCAUCCACGCUUCCAGUACAGAAUAAAAAAGAAGACCUUAAGAUAGUAACUUCUACUCUCUUGUUGCCAAACCGAAUUACAAUUCCACCUGACCCAGGAACAAAGAAAAUUUUAGUAAAAACAUUUUCUUCUUCCCCAAAUACACAGGCAACUCCUGAUCUGUUAAAGGGCCAGCAAGACAUUGCACAACAGACAAAUGAGGAGACAGCUAAGCAGAUCCUUUACAAUUACCUAAAGGAAGGAAGCACUGAUAAUGAUGAUGCUACAAAGAGGAAGGUCAACUUGGUUUUUGAGAAGAUCCAGACGUUAAAGUCAAGAGCUGCUGGAAGUGCACAAGUUUCUGAUUCUUCAUCCGAAGUCAAAGCAUUGCUGGAACAAAAAAAAGAACUAGAGAGCAAGGUUGCAGAGCUACAGAAGGAGCUGGAUCUAGAAAUUAGGAAUCAGCAAAAUGCCAAAGGAGAGAGAGACACUACAAGAGCAACUCUGAAAGAUCUACAACAGCAACUUGACAAAAGUGUGAAAGAAAAAGAUGCCUUAAAAAAGCAUCUAGGAGAAAGUGAGAAGGAACUCAGGCAAAACUUAGAGGAACUUUUUCAAGUGAAGAUGGAGCGGGAACAACACCAGACUGAAAUCAGGGACCUGCAAGACCAGCUAUCUGAAAUGCACGAUGAACUGGAUAAUGCAAAGCAUGCUGUGGAUGGGGAGAAAGAGGUCCUGAUUGAGGAACUGAUGCAAAUGAAGCAGGAUCUGCAAGAAAUAUUCAUGGCAAAAGAACAGCAAGAAGAAAUACUGAGAAAAAGAGAAAGGGAACUUACUGCUUUAAAAGGAGCACUGAAAGAGGAAGUAUCUAACCAUGACCUGGAGAUAGAUAAACUUAAAGAACAAUAUGACAAAGAACUUUCCAAUGUAAGAGAGGCUCUAGAGGAAGCAACGAAGAAUGCUGCGCUCUCAGCCAGUGAAAGAGACACUGCCAAACAGAUGCAAAAUAGUGCAGAAAAUCAAGUGAAGGAGUUGGCUGAGCAAAAUGAACAACUGAAGAGAACAAUUAAAGAGCUAGAGGGCAAAAUUAAACAACUUCUUCAACAGAUUGAUAACAUGAAAGGAGAAGAUGAUACAAUGAAGGAAAAAAUAGAGAGAUAUGAGAAAGAAAAGCAACAUUUAGAAAGUGUCCUGGCACAUGCUGUGAAGGAAAGAAAGGAAUUGGUGUUGGUGAAAAAAUCUUUGGAAAUCCAGCUGGAGGAUAUGCAGAAAAAAUUCAGUCAGCUUAUUCAAGAACAGCAACAGUUAACUGAACAGUUAAAAGAUGAAACUAACCAGAAGGAACAAUUAAAGAGGAUAAAGAAUGAAAUGGAAAAUGAGCGAUGGCAACUAGACAAGACUAUUGAGAAGUUACACAAGGAGAUGGCUGAAAUUGUUGAAGUGUCCCGGUCAUCCACUCUGGAGCUUCAGAAUCGGCUUGAUGAAUACAAGGAAAAAAAUCGCAGGGAACUUGCAGAAAUGCAGAGACAAUUAAAAGACAAAAAUGUUGAGUUAGAAAAGUCACGCCUCAUAGCCACAAAAAUGCAGGAUGAGAUGCAUCUUAUGGAAGAGGAUUUACGGGACCACCAGAGAGCUCAUGAUGAGGCAAUUACAAAAACUCAGCUGCUAGAACAGACUAUGAAAGGUUUGGAAUAUGAACUGGAAGCCAAAAAUCACAUGAAAGAUGAUCGGGCGAGACAAAUGAAAUUCAUGGAGGACAAGAUGUCCCAGUUGGAACUGGAGCUUGAUGAAGAAAGAAACAAUUCAGAUUUGUUGUCUGAGAGGAUCUGUAGGUGCAGAGAACAGAUCGAACAAAUGAGGAAUGAAUUACUUCAAGAAAGAGCUACAAGGCAGGACUUGGAGUGUGACAAGAUUUCAUUAGAGAGACAGAACAAAGAUUUGAAGAGCCGAAUUCUUCACCUUGAAGGAUCUUACAGGUCUAGUAAAGAAGGACUUGUUGCUCAGAUGGAAGACAGAAUCACUGAGCUAGAGGAACGGCUAGAAAAUGAAGAGAGAGAUCGGGCUAAUCUCCAGCUAAGCAAUCGCAGACUUGAAAGGAAAGUGAAGGAAUUAAUGUUGCAAGUAGAUGAUGAACAUCUCUCACUGACUGACCAAAAGGACCAGUUGAGUUUGCGUUUGAAAGCAAUGAAACGUCAGGUUGAAGAAGCCGAAGAAGAAAUAGACAGACUGGAAAAUGCCAAGAAGAAACUUCAGAGGGAGUUAGAGGAGCAAAUGGAUAUGAAUGAUCAAUUGCAAGGACAGCUUAAUUCUAUGAAGAAGGAAUUAAGCAGACGGAAGAAGUCACCAACUAAAGUACUGACUGACCUUGAAGAUGAUGAUGACGAUGAUGAUGAUUUCAGUACAGAUGGAGAGAGUCUCUAUGAAGCACCUUCAGGAUAUAAAUCCUCAAAGGACAAUGAUACAAAAAGCUAAAAUUGACUCAAACCUGUGAUACUGUGAAACUCAUUUAGGAUAAUCUAUUAUCAAGGACCUACAGAAUCCAAGAGCCAAAAGACUAAACAGAUUUGAAAGCUGACGAUCUUUACAACUAUAUUGUGCCAUGUCCAUAUUUAGAUCAUCUUUGUGUAAACUGAAAACAGAAAGCAAGAUUGCACUGUAAAACAUUUAGAAAUAUAUGUACUUGUCACCUUUGAGAAAACAUUUAUAGCUGGGAUGAUGUUUCACAAUUCUGUUUAAAUUAAGUAAACCUAAAGGAGAGCCAUCUGAAAGUAAUUAAAGACUAGUUUUUUUGAGGUUCCUAAAGGUUCCCCCUCCCUCCUGCCCCCCCCAGGAUUUAGGAAAACAGUGAAGAAGAUUAUUUAAUAAUUGGGAGUAGGGGAAACUGAUGUAUAGAAUGUAAAUAUUUUAGACCUUUUUAUUAACUACUCUAGUGCCAUUUUGUAAAGGUUCAAAAAUUGUAUAGAUCAGUUUCAUUUGAAAAGUACUUAAAUCUAUUUUGAACUUUAUACGUUUUUAACUAAAAAUAAGAAAAAUACAUUUGGGAGCAGAUUCAUUUUUUUUUAGGCAAGAAAAACAGCUGAAUUUUAAAUUCAGUAUAAACAUUUUACUAUAUGUAAUCUAUAAGUUAGAGCUCAGAUACAGGCUUGUGUGAUUGAACUCUAAAGUCCAAAUCCUGCUUAUGGACUUCAGAGACCAUACUUGUGUAUGGAGAGCAAGAGGUGGUCCUGAGGUUAUAGGGUUCUUUUGUUUACAAAGCCCAGAACAGUGAGAACAAGAUGAAUUAUUACUUGCAACAUCUUUUCCUUAAGAUGGCUUUUUGUUGCUAGGUGCAGAGCACUCUGGGCUUUAUCAGCAAAAUACUUGUAUCCAGGAGUAGUCCCAUUGAUUCUGGUAAGAUUACUCAUGGGCUUCAAGUUAAAAAUGUGCUUAAGUGCUUUAACAGGUCCCCGAGUGCUUUGUACCUACGAGACUGGAACCCCUGUUGGAGAAAGAGUUAAUAUUUAACACACACACUAUAAUCUGAUUUUAUAUUUUUACCAUGUUCUUUAGUGCCUGUUUAUAACAUUUUGCAAUCUCCAUGAAUAUAUGCAGUGUUUCAGUUUAUGGCACUUUGGAGAUUAUUUUGAUCAAUCCUGUAAAGAAACUUUGAAAAAUGUGAAUUGCAAAUUUGUGGGUUUUAUUUUAAACUUUUUAUAGUUCAUUACUAAAGGUAUUGUCACCUGUGUAAUUUGCAUCAUGCCUCCCUGCUUUGCUCUUCUGGAAAUCUGUUGCCAAAUAAUUUUGAUAAUAAGCCAUAGCUAAAUCCUAUCUGAUUAGCAACUUCUUUCAAAUGAUAUUAAGCACUUCUCUGCUGCAUAGACCAAAUAACCAUUUAUUUUAUUGUAAUUCUGAAAUUAUUACAACUGGGAGUGUUAAAAUCUUCCUUCACUCCUGCAGACUUACCUACAGAAGAAGUUAACUUGGCUGUUCUGAAAGCAAAGCACCUGUUUUUUUUUGUUUUGUUUUGUUUUGUUUUUUUUAAGUAGGUAAACAGCCACCACAACAAGGAAAUAUUGUAUCUCUUCCAACGUGGUUACAUAGAAAUGAAAUAAGCACCCUCUCCGCUAUUCACAAUGUGAGGGUACAUCAAUCUAUCCUCUUGUUGUAAAAUGCAGGAUCUGAGCCCAUUUCUUCUUUUUGAUUUGAUUUCAAUAGCACCUGACAUUUAUAGGAAAUAAUACUGUUGUCCAGAUUACGUUACUUCUGAAAUUUACAUGCACUUUCCAGUUAAUUGGUGUUCUCCCUUAUACAAAUUAAUCCCUUUUCAGCGAUCUCCUUUGUACUACUUCAGUAACAUUAAAAAAAUCUGUGCUACGCUGUAUUGACAAUCAUCUAAUAUCCUGUUGUGAUUUAUUUCAUGGACAUAACUAUAAACAGAUGAUAAUUUUCAGUUCACUUUCAGCACCUUUUAAUGUACAUAAAACACUAUUCUUUCAAGCCAUCGAGAAAAGAUCAGUUAAUAUUGCAGCUACCUCCAGGUACACUAAAUUGUAAAAGAAAAAUAAUUUAAAAUAAACUUUAUUGGCCAAACUCAUUAAUUUCUACUUUUUAUAUCACAUUUGGGUUGAUUUGGUAUUUGAACUGCAUGCUGCAGAAUGCGUGCAUUUAAAAUAUUUUUAAGAAAAAUUGUCCUGGAAAUAUUAAUCAUAUAAGCAAACAUCUAUAUUUCCUUCCACAUGGAAAGGUAGUUUUCAUCCAGAACAUUUCUGUUUUAUAAGAAGAUGGGAAAAAUCUAAAAAAAUUUUUUUCAUUUAUUUGUGCUUAUAACAAUAAUAUAGAAAAAAAGAGCCAUAUGUGUGAUAAAAUCUAAUAAAAGUAUGGAUGAAAUUGACAUUUCCCUUAGACAUACAGUUAGCUCUUGUUAUAAUAAUUGUGCCUAUAACUUUACCCUAAUUAUAAUCUGAAUUGAAGGAAAUGAGUGCAAUUUCAUUAACUGUCACAAUAAACUAGGGAUCUUAAAUAUCGGUUAACUGUGUAGUUGAAUAACCUCAUGAAUUCUUCA